AAAUUUUCGAAUCUGCAAACCGAACACUGGCGUGAGGAAAAGUAAAGAACGGACAGGAAAGACAAUCUCGUCGCUUGCACAAAUCAUGCCAAAGGUCGCCAGCGGGGUUGAGGCAGUAGCUGUCCACGAGACAAUUAAGUUGCUAAUCGACCAACUUGUCAAUAUUAAGGAUGAAACGGGAGAAUUCCUCUUGCGGUUGGAAGACGGCCGAGUAAUCGACACCAAAGGAUGGAGUGGAUGGGAAUGGACUCAUGGCAUCGGGCUCUGCGGCCUCUGGAAUUACCACACCCUCACCGGUUCUCCAGAAGCCCUGAAGCUUAUCGAAUCUUGGUUCGCAGACCGUUUCAGCGAAGGCGGAACUACGAAAAAUAUCAACACCAUGGCAGCUAUGCUCACCUUAGCAUACCUGUACGAGAAAACCGGGAGUGCGCCCUGCCUCCCGUGGCUGGAAUCUUGGGCAGAUUGGGCUAUGUAUGAACUUCCACGGACAAAGUAUGGCGGCAUGUCGCACCUGACUUACAACCUACUCAACUCGGAAGAGCUCUGGGAUGACACCCUAAUGAUGACCGUUCUUCCCCUGGCCAAGAUCGGCAAGCUCUUGAAUCGACCCCACUACGUCGAGGAAGCGAAACGUCAAUUUCUCCUCCACAUCAAGUAUCUAUUUGACACGAAAACGGGUCUGUUCUAUCAUGGUUGGACUUUCGAUGGAAAUCACAACUUUGCCUCAGCGCUGUGGGCCCGGGGAAAUAGCUGGCUGACGAUUGCUAUCCCGGAGAUGUUGGAGCUGCUUGACCUACCCGAGCAUGAUGCAUUCCGUAUCCACUUGAUUGACACACUGGAAGCUCAAUGUCGAGCACUCAUACUACACCAAGAGCCGGGAGGCCUCUGGAGAACUCUCAUCAAUAUGCCCUCUCACGAGGGCUCCUAUGUUGAGAGCUCAGCUACUGCGGGCUUUGCGUUCGGCAUGUUGAAGGCGCUGCGUCUGCGGUACAUCAAAGGGGAGGAGUUUCGGGCUUCUGCUAUCAUGGGGGUAAAGGCUGUUUUGGAGAAGGUUAGUGAUGAGGGUGAACUUAUGGAUGUCAGUUUUGGAACGGCGUUGGGAGAUACACUGCAGCAUUACAAGGACAUUGAUCGGACUAGCAUGCCGUAUGGGCAGGCAAUGGCUAUCAUGGCACUCGCGGAAUUCUUGCGUGUGUUCAUAUGAGCCAACUCUCUUUCUACUGCCGGAUGAUAUGGAAGAUUUGUUUGGGACCCGCAAAUAUGCGGCAAUUGCGAGCCAAGGCAAAGGGUCUUUGCUUGGCCGGACAAGGGGAGAAUGAAGGGUUUCCCAUCCGAUUCUUUCUAAAUCUCAAAAACCGAUGAGUCUUAGCCAACAAUGUAAAUGGAGCCGGAUGAACCUAUUUGCAAAUGUCAAAGAUUAUCCAAG